ACUUCGACAUUGGCGCCUUGGAAGCGCAAGCCUGGCCACCCUGUGGCAUUGCCGAUUUGUGUGUUUUGCUCGAGAAAGUUGGUAAUAUCGAUGAAAAUUGCUUCCGACGCUCAUUCACCGAGUUCGUUGUAAUGCAUGACGGUCGGAAGAAGGCAAGACGCUUCGAAACGUGCUGAGAACAAUCACGAACGUCGACUCAGUGUCUCGAAACAGCCGGAAACCAAUAUAAGUGAUGCCGAUUUUGAAGAAAGAGGAGUUCGAGCGAAUCGCUCCACCGAAGGAUCUCAAGCCCGACGACAAGGUUUUCUAUAACCAAGUGACCAACGAAGUGUUCACCGACUACGAUGAUUACUUCGCCCGGGUCAUCCUUUGCAAUUCACUCGUGUGGACAUGUUCGCUGACCGGCAAGUCCGGUCUCACGUUCCAAGAUGCGCAGGAAAGCGAGGAAGCCAGCAGGGAGAUGGUGCGGAGCUUCCCGCAAGCUCUGCGGAAGCCCGUUCUCUACAUCGCCAGCCUCACCAGCCGGGGACGUUUCACCGACCUGCUCGAUGACGUUUUCAAUUUUGUGAAAGAUCGUUUCUUCGUCGGGGAAGAGCUGGAUUACGUGGUCAAUGGUCGUCGGAAACUGGGCAAGUUGGCUCGGAUACACCCGAUGCUCGAUGUUCUGCCCGAACAGAAAGGCGAUACGCCCAAGAGUAAGAAGAGGGAUACCAAUGACGUCCUCAGGCUCAAGUACGACAUUCAGGACAUGGACAGCGGAGAAACGUUCGAAGUUCAAGGGAAAGACAUUUUCCGUAAACGAACCUUCACUCGGGAUCGUCUCCGAGUGUAUCUCAAGUUGGCCACAGUGCAGCAAAACGGCGUACUCCGGGUGACGGCUCCCGUCGCCGAGAAGUAUAAAUUAUCGGAGACAAAGUACACAGAUAUCCACAUCGGUAAGAUGCCUGAAUUCGUCGUGAGUCCGCUGAAGCGGCUCAGCAAGGCGUUGAAGAAAGACGUCAAAGAGAAGGAAAAGAAAGAGAAGAAAAAGGAGAAAAAGAUUGCGAGUAACAACAAGGAAAAUAAGGCGAAACCGAACUCAAAAGACGAUCCAGAGAAAAAGACUCCUCGCAAGGAAGCAAAUCUCAUCAGACAGCAGUUCAUGGCCGCGUGGUCACGGCCGAGAGAGGACCUCACCCUCGACGGUCUCAAAGACUUGCCAGCGAUUACGUCGUUCGAUUGCGGUAUCCCUCAAGCAGCUCUCUCCGACGCGUUCUGCGUACUGGAGUUCUUCGCCGCUUUCCAACGCGAACUCCAAGUCAAGGACUAUUUCGUCGCUGGCAUCACGUUCGAUAUCUUGGAGAGGGCCGUUAGCGAAACCGACGUUCUGGGACCGUUGGUCGAAAUCUUCCAAAUUCUGCUGACGAAUCUCUUUAAAUUGAGACAAGUUGAGAACAACAUAAACUACGAUGAGACCAGGCCCUCGGAGGACCGACCAGAAAUAAUCUAUAAUGCACAACGUGACGCGGCUUUCGCGAUGCGGAACGUGCGACAGGUGUUCGGUUUUUCGCUGACUCAGUUGACACUGGACAGCUUCACUCUUUCGGAAGUGCUCCGCCUCCAUAUCGAAUCGAGCGGGGCUCCGGGGAACGUGAAGAAAUUCGGCAACAUGGAUCCAGCCGAAGACCCGGGGCUGGCAUUCCGGAUAGAAAAUCCGAAAAUUCUCCAAGUGUUGCGGGAGCACAGUCUGUUCGAGCUGGGAGCCGCGGACAAGUUGAAGCUUCUCCGCCUCAUUAUCGAACAGCUGUUGUGCACCGACGGUGUGCGAUACAUGAUCGAGGACGCUUCGGAAACCUACAAGAGCUCGAAGUCAGCGAUCCGCAAACUGAAGAGCAUGAACAAGAAUACGACCGAUGAGCGACCCUUGAUAUCCCCUCGCGAAUACGAACGGAAACUCGAGGAUCUCGAGCAAAAACUCCGCAGUUCCCGGGAGAAACUCAUGAUGAUCCCUCUCGGCGAAGACCGAGCUUAUCGGAGAUACUACCUCGCGUAUUCCAUCCCGGCCGUGAUCGUUGAAGACGACGCCGUUCACCUCGACGCGACGUGUAUCGAAGGUGGCACGCCGAAAGAGCAGAUAAUUUCGCCUCCACUCGCCUUCAUGAAACAAUUCCUGCAGAAUAUCGCCAACGAAAACUCCUCGCUCUCGAUGAUGACCUCAUUGAAGGAAGCUAAGGAGGGAGAGAUUCGCGUAAAGGCCGAGCACGGUCCCUUCACCUGCACCGGUGAUCACGGCUCGUGUUUAGUGCACAACAGAUCGCUCGCCAGAGAUAAUUGGAGGUUGAUUUCAUCGAGGGAACAACUCGACAACCUCAUCGCCGCAUUGGAUUGUCGCGGAAUUCGCGAGAAACACCUCAAACAAGCCUUGCAGAGCGAGAUCGAGAAUCUCUAUAUGGCCAUUGACAGGUGUCCGUUGCACAUCUUGAAUAGGAACUUUGAAAAUACUCGGAAAGUGAAGAUGCCCUCACAUUACAUAAAAAACAGCAACCUCUACGGGGUUGAGCCAUGUUUCGCGCUGGAGUUGAGUUUCCGAGAGCUCCUCCUCGAACUUGAAGAGCGUCUCUACAGUGGAGGUUUGGGACAUCUAAAAGCUGUCGAUAGGGAAGAAUGGAGGAACGACAUGGUCGACAUCCUCUACAUCGUUGGUCAGAUGAGUAAGCCCCUCGAAAUCAAUCAGCUAAAUCAAGAGUCCGACUUGAAGAAGGUUCUCAAGUAUAUCUGCGAAGCUCUGGCGAUGGUCGGCCGAGCCGUGGAAAAGAAAGUUCUCAUGGCUCCCUUGGGUGCGGCCGAACCACCGACCAAGGUGAAGAAGGCUAAAGAAGGUGUCGCCGAGCCCGUGCCUCUGAUCAAGGAUAAUUUCGACGCAUGGCUGCGAGAGCUGUGUCCUCCAUGGAUGAAAGAAAAUGGAAACGCUACUGAAAAAACCAACGGUAACGGCAAUCUCGAUCUGCCGAAGCAAAACGGCUCUGCGGGGAGCGCUGCGUCAGAAGACGACGCUUCUUCGACGACUUCAUCGAUAGACAGGAGCGCAGCACAGAGCCUGCUCAACCUACCCCGUGUGUUCCUGCUGAUGUACAGCUUAGAACGAAGCGUCAUGUGGAUGAGAUCGGUCUCAAACGCCGCUUGUCGGGUCUGCAGGAAAAAGAGCAAUCCAGAGCAGAUGCUGCUCUGCGAUGGAUGUGAUAGAGGGUACCAUAUUUACUGUCUGAAGCCUCCACUGUCGGAGAUACCUCAGGGAGAUUGGUUCUGCUCACAGUGCAGUCCAACUCAGUUGAGUCCCCGCAAACGAACAAAAGCUCCCGUCGAAGUUUCUUCUGAGGAGGAGGACGAUAACGAGAAGGUCGACGAAGAUGGAGACGAAGACGAAGAGGAGGAAGACCUCAAUCAAGAGGUGUGCAACAUCUGUGAAUCGCCCGGAGAAUUAAUCCUCUGUGAUUUCUGCCCGAAAUCCUUCCAUCUCGACUGCAUCGAUCUCAAGAGACUGCCCCGAGGAACGUGGAAAUGUCCCCCUUGCGUGUUGGGCAAAAAGAAAAACAAAAGGGGCAGUCCACCGUUGACGAAGGUCAAGGUGCGAAGUCGGAAUAACAUUCGCAAAUACGACCUAGCUACUGUGACCGAUGUGGAUGCCUUCGAUUACAUGGUCUGCUGUGACAUUGUCAAGCUACUCGUCAAGUCGGCGCAUUCCUGGCCCUUCCUCGACCGGGUGACACGCAAAGAUGCACCCAACUACUAUAACGUCAUCAAGAAACCGAUGGAUUUCGGCACUCUCCAAGGCAAGCUCAACGAUAUCAAAUAUCGAGACAACGUAGCUUUCGUGAGCGACGUUUUCCAAAUCAUCGCCAACUGCCUGGUCUACAACUAUCCGCACAGCGAUGAAGUGACGGCUGCGAAAGCCUUAUCUGUGAUGUUCUGCGAAAUGCUAACCCAGGUCGGUCUCGAGAGCCUCAUCUAUCUCAAAGACUCUGUCCUGGAAGAAACCGAAGAGUCCUCUGGAUGGUCGAAGGGGGAGCCGCAAAAAGAUAGCGUCGACGACGAUGACGAGGAUGAAGAAGAAGACAACGCUAGUGUUGCUGACGAAGACGAAGAUGACGACGAUGAUGGUGGUGACGAUGAAGAGGAGAACGCGAGCGUCGUCGACGAGGAAGAAGAUGAGGGCGAAGACGACAAUCCCGAAGAGCGAUCAGACGAGAAGACUGCCGACGAUCCUCCCGAGCAAUCGGACGAUAAAGCCGAGGACGAUGACAAAGACAAGGAGGAGGAGGAGGAGGACGAAGAGGAGGAGGACGACGACGACGACGAUAGCGCCCAGGACGAGGACGAGGAAAUAGAAGAAGACGAAGAGGAUGAAGAUGACGACGAUGACGAAGACUAUGGUAAACCCAAAACCCGAAGGGGGAGCAAGUCCAAGCGGAAAGCCUCUCCGCCUCAGAAGAAAACGAGCAAUCGGAAGCGAAAGAGAACCUCUCGAUUCGGGGACAGUCGUGAUGAAGAUGAUGACGACGAAGACGAUGAUGAAGACGAGGACUACGCGCCGAAACGGAGGUCGUCGUCCCGGCGAGCAACCUGAGUUCCCCCCUGGACGAUGGAGGAGACGAGUCGGAAAAUUGUCUGCCGAAGACGGCGUGUAGAAUCGUUCAAGUCGCGAGGGAAUCACCAUCAUGUACACAGUGGAGUUUAGGAAUAUAACUCAGACUCGAUAUUACAUUAGAUAUCUCCUGCUCUAUAUAUUUAUCUGGAUCAGGCAGGCUGGAUCACGCAUCCGAGGGAAUUACUCGUCCAGGCCAUCGAGCCCCCAGCCCGUCGGAGGCUUCGGAACUGCUUUCGGAAGAAGACAAGACUUCUGAGAAAUGUAAAUACGAAUCACGCUCCUGAUCGAUGUAGCCUCGGGGCCAUAAGUGUACA